UGCGGCCGGCUAUAAAGAGCGGCGCGGGGCUCACACACACACACAGCCCCACUGCACACAUGCAGCGUGCUCAGGAUGACACAGCCCACUACUGUGCUGAGCAUUUUCGCCAUGUUCCUUCACACCACUUUUGGGGAAAGUGGUUGCACCUCAGCAGACGGUGAUGGGACUCUCGGGGAUGAUGAACCAGACAAUUUUGACAUUGAUUGCUUCAGCCAGCUGGAAAUUAAGGACUCCUUUAGCAGCCUGACCUGCAAUUUCACCGAGCUGUCUCCUUACAACACUAACUACACCCUGUCUCUGUGUACCAAGGAAGACAACAAUUAUGCCUGCUCCAACAUGAAGAAACAGGAAGAUGUAUUCUUCUUACAGUUCAUUGAUAUACUCUCAAACAGAGACGUUUGCAUGUACUCUGAGACGAAGAGAAAGGUCUGCAGGAGUCUGGUUGUAACUGACAUUGUUAAGCCCGAAGUACCCUUCGCUAUAAACAUCACAUAUGAAAGGGAGGCAAAUGAAUAUCUUAUUCGCUACUGUACACCACACUCAAGGAAGAAAUAUUUAAAGGACAAAUUAGUGCACCAAGUAGCCUAUCGGCAGAAAGAAGGUACUUGGAAGACAAUAGAGUCACCAUACCUUCAGAUAAAAUUGCUGGGGAAAAACCUUGAACAUGAAGCAUCGUAUGAGGUGAAAGUACGUUCUCAGCCCAAUGGAGAUUAUUUUAAGGGCACAUGGAGUGAAUGGAGCACUUCCAAGAGCUUCAAAACAGCAAGAGAGCAGCACUCCACAGAAAGCUAUAGCAGUAUGGUCAUGGUUAUACUCUCCAUCCUGGGAUUCAUGCUGUCCGUUGUUAUGAUUGCACUCAUCGUAGUUUUUUGGGAAAACAGGAUCAAGCCUGCUGUAUGGCCAAACCUUCCUGACCAUAAAAAAACGCUGGAGCAACUAUGCAAGAAGCCAAAAAACAAUUUUGAUAUAAGCUUUAACCCAGAGAGUUUUGGCUAUGUUCAUAUCCAUAAAGUGGAUGGCCUUUGGGCAAAAGCUGAACUGGAGAAUUUUCUGCAGCCAUCAACUGCUCCAGAGACAAGCCUUCCAGAAAAAUUCAGGAGUGGAUCAGACCUGAAGAUGAUCCCUGCGAUGGCAGACAAAAACAACAUAAACCUGCCGGUGUCUUAUGAAGGAGUCUGGCCAGCUGAAACCCUGCACAGCCUCCUGUGCCCCAGCCAGUUUUCAGUCACCGAGGGCAGCUGCAGCUCCAGCAUGUAUGAGGUUUGCCACGGCAACCGGGUGCCCCUGCACAGCGAUGGUUUCAACCUUUCCUCCACUCGUCCCCUGGAUCCUUCGGGACAGCCCCAUCCAGAGCCCCUAAAUGACAACACCCAAUCCCAGAUGCUGCCUAACAGUGACGUGAGAUCACCAAACAAUGAGGAAGCCUACGUCACAAUGUCCAACUUCUACAAAGUUCAGUAAAUCUCACAAGAAUUACAGCAUGCAAUUUUUUCAAACACAUGCAGAAUACUGAAGCUUUCUGGUUCUGUUUUCCCAUAUCCUGAGAGCUCCCACCUCCAUCGUGCACUCUGCUCACGGUGCAACACUGUACCUGCAGGAAAAGGGGGUUCUCCUACUCUGCAGUGAGAAUUAGCCUAUCUCAGCAUUCAGUAUGCUGCUAGCAGUCUUCACUGCAGCAGAAAUUAAAUUUAAUUCAACCUGAUUCUGAUCUUCAAAUCUAAUAAUCCAGAGCAGUGACAACACAGUCGCAGUUGAGGAUCACAGCAUGUCUCAUAGAAAUUAAUGAACUCUUUUGUUACCCUCUUGGUUACAAAGUUAAGCUCUUAUUAAUGCCUUAGCAAGAAAUACGACAAUAAAUUCCUUUUAAAUAGAACCCAAUCUCUUUUAAACACUGGUGGGUCAAGACUAACUCCCCCUCAGUCAGUCAAAAGACAGUAAAAAGACAAAAAGAAAGGAAAUUAGAGUUGCUAUCAAGUAUUAGAUGCCUGACGAUUCAGGAGCUUGAGCACCACCAUGACAGUUAGCUGACUGCCCAGAAGAAAUUGUUCAUGGGCCCACCUGAGGAAGAUGUUUCCUGAGAUGGAUUUAGUUUUUGGUUUGGGUGUUUUCUGGUUUGUUUUUUUUUUUUCUUUUGAGAUGCAAAUUAAAACAAAGCAAGCCCUAAAUGCCACUACUUUUUGUUAUUGGCAAAGAUUUGCCCAUAUGCCAGUUACAGGAUGCACAGGUACUUCUGCUAAUACUUUUGAGGUCUUCAACAUUUAAUGUACCAACUAUGAGAAGCAAAGUCCUUUCUCUUCCUAAAAGCUGAAUUAGGUCUGUAAAUUGCAUGAUGCUGUCCUUUUCUGCAGCUCUUAUGCAAUUAUUAGUGUAGCAUAAGUGCUUUCCAUUCCAGAGACUGGGCUGACCAUGUUUGUUUACUAGCAUUAUUCCCAAUGGCUGCGACUGCACACAAGGACUAUGAAUUUGGACAGGCAAUCUUCUCAUGCAACAUCGACAUAGGAAGAUGGAUGGAAUGUUGUGGAUCCUUGCCAGUGAUCACAAGACCUAAUUUUUUUUUUUUAAAUAUCUUACAGUUUGCCAGGAGAUGUUUUUUGUUUGUUGGUAUUCUUUUAUUCUUUUUUUUGUUGUUGUUGUUUUAAAUUUUUUUUCAUUGUGACUUUUUUUCCUUUAUGAUAUUACCUUUUUUUUUUUUUUUUUUUUUACAUUAUGGCUGAGCCACUUCACAGUCCUCCUUGGAUGCUGCACAUUCUGGAGCACACACUUGGAGAUAAAGCUGCUACAGCCACAUGGUUGCAUGACAGCAAAGCGGUGUGGCCAUGGGGCAUCCAAGCUGCUUCUUGCACUCUGGAGUUGGGGUUCAUCUCACUCUGCAGUCUCAGUUCCCAUAGCUUUUUGAAAUUCUCCUUUACCUAGAUAUAUUCACAUUCCCAGAGUCUAAGGGUGAAAAUAGUCCUCUCUUAUCCUCAGAGGAUGAGAUGCUCAUUUGUUCUGACUUGUAAUGGUCAUGGAGAUGUCACAAAACCUCAGCUGCUGCCAUCUGCCUCUGCCAGGACAGCUUUGUGCCAGGAGAGCAGCAGGAUUAAUCCAAUCACUGAAAAUCUCUUGUGGCCUCGUUUCAAGAAUAUAUGGCAGAGAGUGAGGCUUGCAUUAAACUCAGUGGCUUGAAUUAGAAUUUAAUUCUGCAGGAGAUAGUACAAACCAAACAGCAAUUCUGGAGCACAUCAAAUCAAAACCAGCCGUCCCAAGACAGCACUCCCUCCAUUUUCACCCAGCACAAGGGAAACUUUUGAGUGGGGAGAGCUUAACAGCUACUGUGUGCAAAGGGGCCUCAGAUUUGGCUCAAGGCAUUCCAAUGACAUUUUACAGAAUGGUUUUUAUUGCUGUUUACCGCCAAAUGAAGCAUUAAUUGAUGCAGAAGAAAAAGACCAAAGCCCUGGGCAUUCAUUUGCUUUAUAGUGCUUGUAUAGCCUUUCAAACAGAGCUGCUGAUAAUGCUUAUACUGUGAGAACUUGCACAGAGUGACUGUAGAUACAGACAGACUAUACUAGAAUAAUACCUUCUUCCAGUGACACAGUGACAAACAAAAAGGGGAUAGAGGAAGAAGCAAAAGCACAUCAGGAAAAUCUUCUGCAGUAUGUGCUAUGCUUUCUUCGAUUUUUGUAAUUCUGUAGUUCUGUAACACAUUUGUUGGAUGUAUGCAGAUAUAACCACUUUCAGCUUUGUUUCAGGAAAAAAAAUAAAGCCAAAUAUGCACCAAAGCCA